UAUACUUUUGUCUUUCUCUUCAUCCAGCAACUUUGCUCCGCAGAUUUGCUCAUAUUUUUAUCAAUCCAUCCACCUAGCUGCUCCUCUCUCUCUCUGGAUUCUCAGUGUCGAUCCUUCCACUCUGAUUCAAUUUCUUUUUUUUUUUCCUGCAAUUUUCCACCUUGGGAUCUUCACCUCUCGAAGCUCCCUCUCACCUUCAAUUACCUCUCCCCCAGGCUUCUCUAGCAUCCUUUCCUCUCUAGCUAUAAAUACAGUAGUAACCCCCCCAAGCAUCGAACUUACUUUCUUGGCUCUUACUCGGAACUUAUUUCAACUGUUGCCAAUAUGCAAUACAUUUAUCACUUUCAUUUACUUCCUUCACCUGCCUUUGCAUUCAGCAUUCGAACUCAAAUGCUCUCUCUUUCAUUUCUGAUCCUUUCCCAGCUUCUUCAUUAACUAAGCUCCGAUCAUCAUUUCUCUGCCUUUUUCUUCACUAUACCUUCAGUUAAAUUUCCUGUCUCCCCCGUGAAUCUGCAGCUCAUUCUUAAUUAGCUAAAAUGGAGCUGAGUUUAGCAAAGCCGCAAACGUUAAGAAAGCCAUUGAUGCUAAAAGAUUAUCUUCUUGAUGAUCUGAGCUCAUGUUCCUCGAGUGGUUUUCGAACAUAUCCACGCAGACAAUGCUGCACUUCCGUUGGAUUUCUCCUCGAAAUCAACCUCAAGAACAAGCCACCUAAGCACUUCAAAAGACCACCUCUUAAAAAUCCCUCAAAACCAUUACCAUCAGCUUUUCAAAGAGCUAUUAACGCCGUCAAGAGCCUCCCAUUUGCGGCCGUCAAGUCUUCAUCUUCCACUUCUUCUAGUAAGCUCAGAUUAACUCUUUUACCCAGAAGUCUCUCAAGAAAGCUUCUCAAACGGAGCUUCUGGAAGAGAAAUGAUCGGAAAGAGAUCCCACGGUUGGAACCCAUUAGCCAGCUCAUUGUCCAGAAUACAUCUCCGCCGUCGGAUUUCACCACCACCACCACCACCACCGGCGAUCGCUAUAGUUCUAGUAGCGAGAGUAACAGUUGGUGGGACAGUGAUUUUACUGCCUCAGAUGAUUCCACCGCCAGCGGUAACUCUUCUGAGGUUAAAAUUUUAAAUGAGAUCCACCACGAUGUCGUUUUGGUGGAGAAUACUUUCAGAAAUAAAAAUUACUCCUACUACCUUAGCAAGCGUUUACCAAACGACAAAGUGGUCGGCAGCAAAAGAGCAGCAGUAAAAGUCGGUGGUGAUGAUUCCAUAGCCGCAACUUCCAGCAGCAGUGAUAGCUGCACCAGCUCUAAUAUCAUCAAGAAGUGGCCAAGUGAAGAUGAGAGGGAACAGUUCAGUCCAGUGUCCGUGUUAGACUGCCCAUUUGAUGAGGAUGAUGAGGUUUCCUCACCUUUUCAACAUAGACUUGCACGUAAGGAAGCAGGAACUAAGAAAAGGCUAAUGAAGAAGAUCAACAGAUUUGAAAGGCUCACUCAGCUGGAACCUGUGAACCUGCAAAAAAGAAUUGCAUUAUCAGAGUCUGAUCAAGAAUCAAAUGAAAGCCCUCAGCGUCAUUCAUCAGAAUCUGUCUUCAUAUUGGACAGCGAAGAGGAGGAGAAUCAAGCAUCGGAUAAACCAUUCAAAUUGCUUCAGCUGGUGAAGGCCACAAUCCCAUCAAUCAGCCAACAUUUCAAGGCUGAUCAUGACAACCUACUCUUGGAUUUCUUUAAGGAAGGAAUGGAAGAGGACAGUAGCAGCCCCGAACAUGCUAAGGUGCUAACUAGAAGGGUGAAACUUGAUGAUGAGCUGCUAAAGGUCGCGAAUAGCUGGAUUAUGGGGCAACCACGCGAACUGUUUCUGGAAUGGGAUGUGCAAAAGAACAGGGAAGCUUAUAUUCGCGACAUGGAAAGAGGAUGGACGUGGAGGAAGCUGAAUGAGGAGAAAGAGGAAGUGGCUUUGGAGUUGGAAGUUGAGGUUUUUGCUUCUCUGAUGAAUGAGAUGUUGAACGAUCUUUUAUGAUCCUACAGCUAGAAAGCCAGCCGGCCAGUUUUAAUUAGUUGUUGUUUAUUGGAGAUUGGAGAAUUGUCCAGAAUAUGCAGAUGGUGGUAAGAGGAAACUGGUCCAGGGCGUUUUUCAUCAUUCAGCUGCCAUCACAGGAAGGCUAGACGUUUCGCCGAGCAUCGAACUUUUUUAAUCUUCAUAGGAGAAACAUCAGCGUUUUCCACUUUAAUAAAUUUUGGUCUUACUUUUGGGGAAUGUCUAGGUGUAGAAUGGUGAAGCUUUGAGAUUUUAGGUGUAGCACUAAUGAUUAUCCAUCUUUUUUCUCAAGGUUUCACCAUUCAAGUUCCUUUAACCCAGGUUAUUGAACUUGUAGAAGCCCAGACCAUUCGAGUUCCUUUUCUCAGUCUUUAGAUUUUUUUUUUUUUUGAUACUUUAGUCUAGCUAUAGACUUUUUAGUUUAGAGUUUAGACAGUUAAUAAACCCCAAUUAACUUCUGCACUGCAGAAGGCUAUGGGCAAAUAUAGGUAUUUGAGAUCAACUACCAUCAUUUCCACAAGGUAGAAUGAUCAUUUCGUGUUAGAUCCCAAUUCUUACCUAAGAAACUAAG